AUGAGCUCACCAACCCCCCCAGAAGUGUUCAAAAGUUCUAAGAUUGGACCUCCUGAAACGCCUGAUCAGCAAGCUGAGCUGAUUACAACCCCUACUACAGUGAGGCUAGUCUACCUACAUCAUAUUAAAUAUACUGAUCUAACUCCUUCAGAAGAUGAGGUAGAGAUAUCUGCAGUGAUCUCUAACUCACUGCCAGCAACUGACUCUGAAGAAUUACAACUGAGGAGAUUGGAUCUUGAAUAUCAAAAAAUUGAUUUAGAACUUUAA